GCUCACUGGCAGUUACUACACUUGGAACUUCGAAGAGCUUUUACUCUGUCAAAGGGUGGCGCAUUUUUGUUCGGAAUCAGCUAGAUUAUAAAUAAUUUUGGACAGAAAACUCGGUCGUAAGAUCCUUAAUGUCAGCGCUGUAUUUGUUGAGCUACCAGUCCGAAAGAAUUGUGUAAAGAAUGGAGUGAAGUACUGUGACAUCGGGAGGAAGAACGCCGAGCGCACCAGGACAGAAAUUCAGAGAAUGGAGUAUUUUCAAGAGGAUAAUUUGUAUACGUAAACUUCCUCAGUGUGUACGUAAACAAGGAAAGAGAACUCGGGUAGUAUAAACAAUAUGUAUGAGAACAAUAACAUCUGUAGUCUGUCAGAAAGUAGCCCCAACGGCUCUGAGACUCCCGCACAAUCCCAAAUGGAUGGAGAUGACUUAAAUUUAGAAGUACAAAGACAUACCGAAACUACAAUCUCAUGUCAUGUCAGUGUGCUCGCCUCUUCCACUGGUGCGGUGUCGCGCCACUGUCACGCAAGCCUUCAGGAGCGCGCUUCAAAAGUUGGUGCGCGUUCACUGCCCCUGGCGCUCAAUGCCUCGACGCGCAGGUCCAGAUUUCAAAGGCAGUUUGAGACGAGUGAACAAAAAACGUCGCUGGACUCCACAGACAAAGGUUCUCUUACCCCUGCUAUGCGUAAAAAAUAUCUGAAAGAUUUGUUUUUGAACUACAAAUCGCACAGUGGACUGUCCAAUAUCUUAUCGUUACAAAGUGCGAGCGAGUCGUGGGGGGCAGAGGAAGACUCUGCACUUUGGGCCUUAGAGCCACUGGAGCACGCCUGGAUGCUGUCAGUUGUAGAUGGAAAUUUGGACACCAUAGUGGAGUUUCUGUCAGAGGACCCCAGUUUACUGACUAGAAAGGACUUUGUGAGUGGUUACACAGCUCUCCACUGGUUGGCCAAAAAUGGGAACCACGAAACAUUAAUAAACCUUCUGAAACAUGCUGAAAAACAAGGUGUCCCAGUGAACGUGAACUUGAAGGGCAGUGGUGGUCUGACACCUCUUCACAUUGCUGCUAUGCAAAGUCAGUACAUGGUCAUAAAGGUUUUAGUUGGUGCAUUUAGUGCUGAUGUGGAUGUCAUGGACUACAGUGGUAAAAGACCUUGGCAGUACCUCAAAGGAAAUGUAUCCCCAGAAAUUAAGGAGCUCCUUGGUGCAUGGGAUGAUGAGCACACUUACUGCAAACUGAAUUUUAAUAAUAACAGGGAAUGUGUAGAAUUAUCCGUGGAGGAAUGCCCAAAGAACACAGAUGAGGUGGAUUCCUUCAGCAGAACUCACAGAUGGGGACUAAGCUCAUUUGUAAAGAGACUCACCCCAUUUUUCUCUAGAGGAAAAAACUAAACAUGCAAAAGACAGGUUUCAUAACUAUUAAAUAUUACAACAUACUCUGACCCUUUUGAUUAUUGAAGACAUUUUGCACCUUUACAGUUCAGAGCAACCUGUCAGUUAAUUUGAAACCAAGUGAUUUUGUUUGUAUAAUCCAUUCAUUUGUAGUUCACCCUCCAUAUUUAUGUAAACAGAUUAAAGCAAAAAUAUGCAAGUGCCCUCUCCUGUAAAACCAUAACCACUCUUUUCAAGACUCAGACUGCAACUGUUUUACAUUAAAAAUCCCACCAGUCUUUUUGAUCUCAUUUCAGUUUUUGUACUGUUUUAUACCAUUUAUACCAUCUCAAACCAUUUCACUGCAAGUUAUACUGUGUAUGACUAUGUAUGUGACAAAUAAACCAAACUUGAACUUAUACCACAAAACCAUGGGUUGGUGGUGGUCCAUGCUGAAGAGCAGAAUGUACAACAAUCCUCAACAUGGAACAUUCACCAAAACCCACGGUCAAACAAAGGGCAAAAGGGGAAAGAUUUCUGGUGCGAUGACAAAGUCAUUUUAUUGUUUCACAACAGCACGUCCAGAGAAUCUGUACAAGAGACAGAGCACUGUUCCGGAUAGCGUGGCUUCUCUCCGCAGGGUUGGCGGGGGUCCGUGUGGGAGAAGCUGAAGAGACAGACCGCAGACUUACAAGCCGAGCUUGGUCCUCCUCCAGUGACGCCGCU